GUUUCACUUCUUUCUGUGUCAGGACAUUGGUGUUCACUUCACUCACUUCAGGGCAGCAAUCACUGAGUAGGAGGAGAAAUGGGGAGGAGGAAGGAAAAGCUCCGACUGCGCUGGGACUCGAUCCGUUCUAAAAAUGAGCAAAGACAUCCGUUGUGUCAUGUGAGGAACUGCACUUUACACUUCAACAGAGGAGACAAGGAGAGACAAAAACACGUCCAUCUGACAUGUUUGUUCAUACAUGAAAAGGAGAACACGGCUUCAUCCAGGGCAAACUACAACAACCACCACAGACUAAAAAUGCUAACCAGCUGGUUAACAUUUACUUCUCUUGUGGCUGCCUCAGCUAGUCCACAAAGAGCAGCCUACGGCCAGCUUCCACUCACCGUUGCACCAACCUGCAGAGUCUACAUUUUGCCAAAGCUGGAGUUUGUUUUAAACUGUGGGGAUGGAAAAAAUACUGGUCUAGUCCAGUACUGGCACACUCCCUUUGGUGAAUUUACAUUUCCUGGAAGUCACAAUGAACGGGAUCCUGUUUUCAUGAACCAGGAUGGCAGCCUGGUCAUCUCCAACAGUAGCAGCUUCCACCGUGGGCUGUACUACUGCCUCCUGCAGUCCAGACAGGGAGCCUCACUGUGGCCCUAUGAGCUCCACACCAGUUAUGACCAUGAAGACGACCAGGACAUUAAUGGAGACCAACGAAGCAGCAGCUGCCAUAAGCUAAGAGUUAGGAGAAAUGCUGAGCCUGAAGACAAGGAAGCAGGGGUUUCAGAGGAGCGGCUGGCAGGAGCUGUGGCAGCAUCAGUACUGCUGACUUUUGUGGUGGGAUUCAGUGCUGGAGCUCUGGCCAGAAAACAUAUCAUGAGGUGUUUUCAAGCACUCAUUGCCAAAAAACGAUCAUUUCAGCGUCAGCAUCGGCGUCGGUCUGAUAGGACAGACGUAGGCUGUGAGAUCUCCAUAGCAACACUGCCUGUUAUGUACGACAACGUGAGCUUUGAAAUGGGGCAAAGUGUGGACGACUUGGACAUGAAUGCCACAGUUUCUUCAACAUCAGCAUCUCCUCCUGAGAAACCCAAGAGAAGCUUCAGACACAAACGAGAGGAGGGGCAGGAGACCACAACCUACCUGGAGAGAUGUGACCACAAGGUGGAGGAGAGGAGGACAGGAGAGCAGGAGGAGCAUGGAGGAGGAGAGCUGAAAGAAGGGAGUGAAACUGAAACAAAUCAAGAGAUUAACAGCAAGGACAGAGAGGACAGUGGUGAGGGGAGAGAGGAAAAAGGAAUGCUGGAAGACAAAGAGGAUGAAAGAGAUUUAGAGGAAAAUGGAAUAGAAUGUGAAAUGCACAAGGAGGGAGAGAGAGGCGUCAGCUAUUUGUAUUUGUCAGAUGUUAAUCGCAUAGCUAAAACAGAAGAAAAGACAUACAGUGAGGAUGAAGAGAGAAAGGAGGAGAUGCCUGGUCAGAGGGAAGAACAAGACAAUGAGCAGGAGAGAGAAGUUGGAAGCAGAGAGAAAGAGACAGAUGUUGAAACUAAGGAUGAAGAGCAGGAGGUAGAUGAAGGUGAGAAGAGGUCAGAUGAAGAACAAUCUCAGCACUUAUCUUCAGACUCAGACGAUGAAGAAACAGGCACCGAAAUACCAGAGGACACAAAAGACGAAGGUGGCAAAGGGGAAAAAGAAGCGUUGUCCUCUCCCCCUCGUCGCAGAAGAGUUAUACGCCUGUACCAGUACGAUGAAGAUGGCCAACGAUACUGCCACCUUCCAGAACCUUCUCCUAAAGAACCAUCUCCUGUCCUGAGGCAGAAACAACGCUCUGUCUCUCUGACACGGCUCAACACAAUCAUGGCUGCUGCCUCUGAAGGGCCACUGGACAGGAGGGAGACAGAAGAGGAGGAAAGAGAGGGGAGGCCACAAUUUCACAUGGACAUAUAAAAAAGAUACAUCACUGUGGACAGGAAAUCAAAUUCAAUGCCAUAACAAUAAGUAAUCCAUUGGUGAAACUAUGAAUGCUAAAUAAAGCUACAGAAAAGGAGAUAUUUUUCCACUGGUGUAAAAAACACAAUUAAAUUGACAUGCUAAUAUUUAAUGUUUUAAUUAAUUGUCAGUUAAAGUUGAAGAUAUUAAAGUCUGGGGGGUGGAGGGGGCAACAAUACUGAAACAAUACUUCUAGCUCAAGAAGGCUUGCAUUUCAUCAUGAUUUAGUUACAUCAAAUAAUUCUAGAGGGACAUAGAUGAAACGGUGAUUUCAUACCUGUGAAUUUCACAACAAAUAACUGCAUCAGACACUGCAUCAAUACCUGGAUAGUCUUCCUACAAGGACAAGAAUGUUGGAGAGAGAACUGCCAGGCAGAAAGAACAGGAAGAGCACAGAGAAUAUUGAUUAACAUAUUGGAAAAGGACAUUGACAAGGUUGGUGUGAUAAGAGACAAGUGAAGGAAGAUAAACUGUCCCUUAGAUGAUGCAGAGAGGAUUACUUUAAAGUUUGAGAUACAGUAUCUAUAAUGAAACUAUAAUGGAAAUCCAUUCUGUGUUUAUACAGUAAGGAAACUUCUGGCUCAAUCAGAUAUGACAAUAAAGUAUCUAUGACUGAACAGACCA